AACACACCGCCUGUGUGACCUUUGUCGUCACUCGUCAUCGUUGUUAUUAUUAUUAUUAUUAUUAUUAUUAUUAUUAUUCGCAAUACCCAUGUAAAUAUGUUAUACCUAUGUCGAUAAUAUUAUGACGUUAUUAAUAUUUAGUAAUACGACAGUAAUAUCGCGGAUAGAGAAGACAUUAAAGUUUGUAAACAACCCAUUACCCAUCGGUACCUACGACUAUAACCGCGCUCUCCGCCGUCGGCUGACCGGCCACAGUCAACUUGCGCAUUACAUUAUAGUAUUUAUAUAAGAUAUUAUAAUAUAUAUUAUAUACUGAAGUACAAUUAUUUAUUUAUAAAUUUAUUUUUUUGAUUAAGUUUUUGUACCGCCGAAAAAAAUUAAUUUACCGAAAUCGCGACCGCUCCUCGAGAUCUGCUGUGAAAUAAACAAUUAUUGAACAUGUUACAUUAAAUACUUUAUCAUGUUAUGAAAAUAAAUUAUAAUUUAGUUUGAGUGUAAUCGUCGUCCGAACAGAUUCAAUCAAUCCGAUCCGAUCCACAGCAACAGCUUUCGACGAAAUUUCGGCGCAAUUUAUAUCUCUCCUCCUAUUAUAAUUAUUUAUUAUUGUUAUUAUAUAUUCCUUCUCCGUGAGAAAUGUCUUUUAAACAUGUAACCAAACUACCUUUGUGGAUUCACAUUACCGUAUAUCUCUUAUAUACUUGCAAUUUUUCCGUUUUAGCGUCAAGUCCAGAAUAUUUGGGAUGUUUUUCUAACAAUGAUUUAAAUAUUUCAAACGGUUUAAUUAUACCACUUGCUUCUUUGACACCUCAAGAAUGUUCAGACGAAUGUCACGCAAACAAUUAUUCUUAUGCUGCAAUUAAUAACGAACCAUUGUGCCGCUGCACAAAUAAUUACAUGUCUAAAUUGACGAAGGAAAUGGAUGAUUAUUGCAAUGUAUCGUGCAGCGCUGCAGGAAACGCUUCGAAUGAGAGGUGUCAAACGCGUUUUAAAAUGUUCAAAACUGAUAAUACAAGUAUAAUAGGCGAGGAGAAAUAUCCUCAAGCGAUCUAUCUCGGAUGCUACGGAGAAAGAAUGGGCGACGACAAGAACCGAUUGCUGAAAUUUCCCCACGAAAGGUAUGAUGAUAACACUCCACAAAAAUGUUCCGAAGAAUGUUUCAAAAUCGGAUUUCUGUACUCUGGAACAACAAAUGGAGAAAAGCAGGGAGCUGCUUGUUGGUGUGGCAAUCAAUAUCCAUCGGAAAAAUUCAAAAUAAGUGACGCCAAAUGUAAUGCUAUCUGUUCGGGCGACUCGUCGAAAAAUUGUGGCGGUCUGUGGAGAUUGAGCGUCUAUUCCACUGGAAUCGUUGAUUAUCCACUCAGAAAUUUUGUCGGAUGUUACAAUUUGGAAGGAUUCGCUCGGUACGACAAGAAAAUAUAUAUUUUAAAGGAAACCAUUGAUUCGCACAGGUGUUUUUAUAUUUGUAACGAGAGAGGAUAUAAAUAUGCGUCAGUCAACGAGGAUCAUUGCUAGUGCAGUGACGAAGUAUCGGGUGCAGACGAACGGAAAAAUCCAGAAGAGUGUAUAAAAUGUGCUGGGGACGAAUCGGAAUAUUGCGGUGGUCCCGAUCGUCUUAGUAUCUAUGAAAACGAUUGGUUUGGCAUGGAUACCGGAAAUUUAUCGAAUACUCAUUUUGGAUGUUUUGAAAACUCUUGGAUGUAUCCAGUGAUGGAUGGAUGGAAUAUAUCAUUUCCUAACGAAUUGACCUCACAAAAGUGUGUUUCUAGUUGUUUCACCCGAGGGUUUCCAUUCGUAGCUCUAGUGUCUUCGACGAAGUGUAUGUGCAGUUUCGACAGCCCACCGAUCGACGCCAAAGUCAAAGCCGGAGGACCGCAUUGCAACGUCCCGUGUUCGGGUGGCACAGAAAGCGUGUGCGGCGAUCGGAGCCACUACAUCGUGUUCGCCACAGGUCUGAAAACGUCCAGGGUGGCCGGUGACCAUUACCUGGGCUGUUACGAGGAGACGGAUGUGUACAGCGCGUUCAAGAAAAACCAGUCCGUCGAAUUCCCGUACGUCAACACACCGAGAAUCUGCUCCAAGCACUGUGACAGAGCAGGCUACGAAUAUUUCCAACUAUCCAACAGGGAAUCGUGUUUUUGCGGAAACAACCAUCCGGUGGACGACGGUGCUGUGCGGGUUGACGACAACAAGUGUUCCGCUCAGUGCUCGGGUGACGCGAACAAGUAUUGCGGCGGAGUGUUUAAGAUCGCGGCGUUCCGUAUAGGAAUGGUCGCUGACAUAAAAUAUAGUUGUUCUACAGAUUGCGAAUGCUAUUUUUUCCCGAAACACAAUGAGUCCAAAAUUGACUGUUCAAAAAGUAACCUAAUUGACCCUUCGACAAUUAUUCCUGAUUUAAAAACAACUUCGUCGUCAAUUAAUUUAAUUUUGAAAGACAAUUUGAUCGAAAUCUUACCUAAUUUAACAAGUUUUCGUAUCGCUUUAUUGGAUAUCAGUAAUAACAGUAUAACGACAUUGGAUGCCAAUCUUUUACCUACAAGUUUAAAAGUUUUGUUUGCCGAUAAUAAUAAGUUGACAACGCUGAACGGUAACGCAUUGAGAUUAAUGCAAAAUCUUGACGUCAUAAUGUUAUCGAAAAACCCGUGGCUAUGUGAAUGCGAUUUAUUGAACACCCUACUGAAGUAUAAAUCAAAGAUCGGAGAUAUGAAGAAAAUCACUUGCACGUCUUCCACAGUUCCGGUUAUCCUCAUGAACGAAUACGAACUUUGUAAAAAACGGAAAAUCGAUUAUUUUUACCUCUUCAUUGCCCUGGGUUUCGUUUCAUUCGUUUGCCUGCUGUCCGUCUAUUUUAACUUGCACAGGACUGUUUGGUUGUACAUACGCAACAUCCAGUGCGAUUUCUGCGAUCUGAUGUCCAUGCAACAUACCAACAAUGACGGCAAGGAUUCCGAAGAAACUUUCAUGCAACGGAUCCAAUACGACGAACUCGUGUUGGCCACUGACAACUGGAACCAGAACCGCGUGCUGGGCGAGGGCGGCUUCGGGGUGGUGUACAAAGGCAAUUGGAGACACACGGACGUAGCGAUCAAGAGACUGAAAGCCGAGGGAGUAGCCGAAAAAGUGGUAAACAUGCACACUUUGGGUGACGGACUCUUGCAGAACCCGUCCAAAGAGAUUAUGUAUCUAAACGCUGUUAAACACGAUAACGUACUGUCGAUGUACGGGUUUUGCUUCCAUUCGACGGGAUCUUGUUUGAUAUAUCAGUUUAUGGCCAAUGGGUCCCUCGAAGAUCGAUUACAGUGCAAAAAUGGAACAAAUCCAUUAUCUUGGAAGACUCGCGGAAAUAUUGCAACAGGAAUAGCAAGAGGUUUACAGUUUUUGCAUAAUGUUGAAACGCCUUUGAUACAUGGCGAUAUAAAAAGUGCCAAUAUACUUUUGGAUUCUAACCUUGAGCCCAGAAUAGGAGAUUUCGGGCUCGCUCGAACCGGACCGCUGCAGGAACAAACUGACAAAAGCGUUGGAUUUGAUGUCAGCCACGUGUGUGGUACAAAGCCUUAUUUACCUGAAGAUUUUUAUAGGAACAAAAAACUAUCGACUAAGGUGGACACUUACAGUUUCGGCGUGGUGAUGUUCGAAAUCGCGACUGGUCUAAGAGCGUUCAACAGAUACAAAAAUUAUAAAUACUUGAAAGAAUUGGUGAAUAAGCAUGACAAACGUUCAAUUGUGAAUAUCGCUGACAAAAUGGCAGGACAUGAUUCAUUUCAUGUCUUCGAAAUACUUAUAACUUUGGGAAAGGCAUGCGUGGAAGACAUAGCUGAAAAACGUCCAGAAAUGGUCGUUGUUUACAUGAAUCUACAAAACGUUUUGUCAUCGAAAACCAACGUAAAUAAUGUUGAAGCAAGCGGAGAGAAUUAUAAUAUGACAAAAGUGCACUUGAAGGAAACCAAAAAUCCAGAUAUCAUAAAAUUAGACGGAAUAAAAGCAGCUCUAUUAGCACCGCUCCACGAGAUUCCGUCAAUAUCGAAAUUGUAUUCUAGUCCUGUGCACGAAGCCGAUCCUCGGAAAAUUAUUACCACCGAAGUAAAAUCUGUCAGCAAUGAGAUUUCGGUAUGCCUCAACGGGUUUAAGUACCGCAAAAUAUGAUAACUAUAGUCUUAUGAAUGUAUGUUUUUGAUAGGAUGAAGGGUUUUUUACGACAGACUUUUAAGUGAUCGAGCCAAGUAACAAUACAUGUGACAUUAUGAAAAUAAUUAGUUACAGCUAACCUGCAUGUUUACCAAUUUUGUAAUACCUUAUCAUUUUAUUACUUCUUGAAAACUAUUUUAAGUUCGCUAUUAACUUAUUUAUACUUGAACAUAUUAUGUAAUGCACCAUCUAUAAGUACAAAUAUUGGAAUGUGUUUAGCACUUUA